AUGGCAAAUUUCCCUUACUACAAGAACCCAGCAAAAAAACCAUCUUGGCAAAAUUCAAUUAGGCAUAACCUAAGCCUCGGUGAAUACUUCAUAAAAGUGCCAAGACCUUUUAAUGAUGGCGGCAAAGGUAAUUUAUGGUUCCUACAUCCUUUAGCUCAUAACCUAUUCAUUGGCGAAAAUACUGAGAAGUUAAGGAAAAGUGAAGUACCGUCGCCCUCUUAUGUGAACCCAAUGGUGAAUUACCAAAUGCAACAACAGGCACAACUAGAGUACCAGCACUACCAACAAAUGUACCAACAAGAAAUACAGUAUAGAUAUGAACAACUUUAUUAUCCACAUAUGGCAGCACCCGGACCUUAUUAUUUUCCACCACCAGGAUAUAUUCAAAGAUUUUAA